UUCAGUCGAUUCUCAAGUGCUGGCCUAACAGGUUCCCCAUCUCAUCUCAAUCUCAGUCUCAUCUGUCUGCUAUUUAGCUGUAGUCAGUCAUACAAGCAUACCUUCGUAAAUAAAUAAAAUUCAACACGAAAAACACCGAGAUGAGUGCGUGGAAUUUGUUAUUGUGAAAGAAGAAUUGUAUACAUACCAUCGAUGUGUGUAUUUGUAUGUGUGUGUGUGUAAUUAAGUAUUUUCUGAUAAACUGUGAUCUUUCAUUUAGUGUUACUGAAACUUAAAUACAUAGAUAUUUUUCCAAUGAAUUUGGUAUCAUAAGUUACAGAUACAGAUACAUCUUCGAAUAUUGGAUAUAUUUAUACACAUAUACAAGUUUAUAUGCAUACAAAUACAAAUACAAACACAUAGACAUAUAUAAUAAACCAGAGCCACAAAUGCAAGUUUAGUAUGAGAUUCUGUGUGGUGAAACAGUGGGACAAACUAAAAGUAACUAAGAUCAUUCAAACCAUCGUUAAAUCUAUAUAUAUAUCACAACAUAGUCCAUAAGCCAUUUUUGGGGCCAUGUGGUAUAAAAAUGAAAAUACGUAAUGAACCUCAACGAAUUGCCGAAACAAUCCAAAGUAUUUUGAAUUGGAAUGAUAUUUAUAUUGGAGUUCAUUCCAAAAAUGGGAUAGUUGAAAGUUUUCGACAGCAUUUGAAAUCUUUGAACAGAGAUAAUCGUUCAAAGUGUUGCAUUAUAUUGAAUUUAAGGAAUGUUCAUCAUGGUGAUCAUCAACAACAACGACAACGACAACGACGACGACAAAGACAGCAACAACGCAAACUUAUUACAUAUUUAUUGUACAAGUUAACACAGUUGUGUUUUGUCAUUGUUUUAUUAUUGCCAUUCCUAAUAACCUACAAUACAUUGAUACAACAAGUCAGCGGUCAAUAUAUCAAUAUUGACCCAAUAUCUACAUCUAUAUCAAACUCAAAUGCAAUUUCAUUUCAAAUAAACCAGAGCAUUGAUCUAAAAGCUGAAUUUCAAACCGAACAACACCAUAAUAAUAGUUAUAAAAAUAAUGAAAGAAAUAAUCAUAUAACAAAUAAAAACAGUUAUCCCAUAUACACGUACAAUCACCGUUUAAACGGAUAUAGUCUGAUAAUUCUAAGUCAAUCUGAUAAUUAUAUCAAUUCCCGAGUUGCCGAUACAAGAAUCCCAAGUACAAAGCCAGAUAGUAUAUUGUAUGCAAACGAUUCCUUAUCCUCAAUACUACGCACUAAGAGAUAUAUUGAUAUUAACAAUAACAAUAGAAGAGAACACAAAGCUGACAGCCAAAUAUUGAAAGUAUCAUUUGAGAAACACAAAGAUACUAACAACAACAACAAGAUGUACAAACAAAUAAUUAAUAAUAAAGAGAAACUUACCAAACUGGUUAUGAACGGACUUGGAUUAAAAAAACUACCGGACAUGAAGAAGGCAAACAUAAGUCAAAUAGAAUACUCUAGCAAAUAUUUAGAAUACUUAGAGCGCCUUAAGAAAAGCGAAGUACGGAAAAGCAGCGAGAAUCCGACGGAUUCUGAUAUAAAUUUACAAAUUUUAAGCAUUGUAACAAAUAAAUUUAGCGAGAUAACGCGAAGGCGAAAGCGAAAGCGAUCAGCCGAGAGGAGAAAGCGGAAAAGUCGAGAAAGGCGAGAGAAGAAAACGUUUAGGAAAAGCCAAGGUCAUAAUCUAGGCGAUAGCGAGAGGACAAACAUUCUAUUACAUUUUCCCCUGCGCCUAAAUGAUGAACAAUUUAAAUAUGAGCAAAUUAAUGAGGCUAAUGUGAGGCUAAUGAUGCUAUAUAAUCCAGCAUUGGCCGUCUCCUCCAGAUCAGAGUCAAUAUCUAGAGGCAAUAGGCGAAAGAUCAACAACAAAUCGGAAAAGGAUUGUAACAACAACGAUAAUUAUCGAGAUAUACCAAAAUUUAACCAUAAUCAAAAUCACAAUCAAAAAUUAAGCAAUCGUAAAAGUAAAGUACACGUAUUAAAUCUUAAAGUCUAUCAAAUGAUGAGAAUGAACAAACGUCAACAAUUGGAUGCACGUCGUAUUGAGUUUGAGAGUUCGAAUUAUAGAUUAGGAAACUCGGAUGAAACUCGGAGUCAAUGGAUUGAAUUCGAUGUAACCGCUGCGGUUCGAGCCUGGUUAAAUAAGAGUCAUGAGAAUCUUGGCAUUGAAAUCCAAUGCGAUAAAUGUAGACGUAUUGGAGCUCGAAUCUUAAGUGAAGUAUCUACACCAACAUCUACAGCACCUCAGGAUCACGAAAGGGUUGAGGAUAAAUUUCAUUUGACACCAGUUUUGAAUAUUAUUGGACACAUUGGUCGCACUCACAGCGAGGAAGCAGCUCAUCCCAAUCAUUACAACUUGUCAUCGAAUACUCCUCGAUAUUACAAUCAUCGGCAAGCGAAUUCUAUGAACAAUUCACCCAAUAGUUGCUAUCGAGCACGACAACGUUGCUGUCGUCAUCAGUUGGAUGUGGCCUUUAAGGAUAUCGAGGGAUUCGAGUUUAUACUACAACCAAAGACAUUCGAUGCCGGCUUUUGCAAGGGUCGUUGUCCUCCCAGACAUAAUCCAGCCCAUCAUCAUGCCCUGCUGCAGAGUCUAAUUUGGCAACAGGAUCACAAUCGGGUGCCUCGUCCUUGUUGUGCACCCUCAAAGCUCACCGAGGUCGAGAUCCUGCAUGUGGACGAGGAGCACAGUGAUAAGCUUAAAAUAUCCACAUGGAGCAACAUGCAAGUCUUGGAAUGCGCCUGCUCAUAAGAAUCUUUUACCUAUCUAUUCUACUUAUUCAAGCCACAUACCUACCUAUAUGUAUAUUAGCUUAAUUUGCUAUUAGUAUUAUGUACAGUGUACUCUGGGAAUUAUACACAACCGCAAGCAAUCAUGUAUUUGAGUCAAAUAUAUUACAUACAUAAUUAAAAGCUACAAAAAUGUA